AUGAGCUGCUCCGACGACGAUGUGGACCGACGAUGUGCAAAUGUAGAAGUGUAUAUGCCUCUGCCUGACCUUGAAGAAGGUGUUCUAGACUCAUCAGUUGGGUCAGAUCCUACUACCACGGCUUCCUCAUCUACUCUGGAAGAUAUUCCUUCCCUAAUUGAGAGAGAUAUAACAAAACUACCUCCAGAUCUUGCUGCCCAAGCUGUUGAUAAAAAGAGAAAGGCAAGAUCUCAAGACCCAGGAUGGAAGUAUGGGUGGUGGCCAGAUCCUUCUAAGGACUUUGUGCAGUGCAUAUUUUGCAGGAAGCAAAACCAGCAACUCAAAAAUAGUCCAGGUCAGUACCGCUCACCAUCAUAUCAUGAUGUUAGGACUCCGCUGCUUGAAAGAGCUGUGAACAAAACAACGGAGUUGAGGAAGAAGCAUGAGGAGGCUUGGAAGGAAUAUGGUUGCACCAUAAUGUCCGAUGGGUGGACUGACAUAAGCCACCGCCAUCUCAUCAAUUUCCUUGCUAACAGUCUAGCAGGGACUUUCUUUCUAGGGUCUGUUGAUGCUUCAAGUGAGAUAGCAAAUGCAAAUAUGUUGGCUGGCUUGUUGGAGAAGCAAAUUGAUAAGGUUGGGAAGGAACACGUGGUGCAGAUUGUCACUAACAAUGGAGCUAACUUCAAGGCAGUAGGGAGGCUUUUAAUGGAGAGGAUCCCGCAUCUAUUUUGGACACCAUGUGCAGCCCAUUGCUUGGAUUUGUUGUUGGAGGAUAUUGGGAAGAUCAAGGAAUUCCACAUUUGCAUCAACAUGGCACAGAAUGUGACCAGAUUCAUAUACAAACAUGGGAGGGUUCUAGAUCUAAUGCGAAAUAAGAUUGGAGGAGAUCUUAUGAGGCCAACUAUAACUCGCUUUGCCACUUCAUUUCUCACAUUGGCCGCAAUCAAGGAUUCUUUGCAACGUAAACCAGAUUUACUCAAAGAGGUACUAAAAUACUAUGACAACAGAUGGGAAAACCAAAUGGAGCAGCAGCUGUAUGGAGCAGCCCUAUACUUAAAUCCAAGCAAGUUCUUUGCCCUAAAGGAAAAGGAUAGGAGACAAGCAGGAAGACCGAGAAUCAUGUUUAAUCAAGUUAUGUGGAAGAUGGUGACUGAUGAUGAGGAGCAAAACAAGAUAAGCAAGCAGACAGAAGACUAUGAGAGGGCUGAAGGUGAAUCCUUCUCACAGCCAGGAGCAAUAAGAGACAGAGAUAGAAAAAAUUAUAAACCAGUUCAGGAAGGUGGUGGCGAUGCUAUGACUUGGGCUGUUGUGGAUGAGGCUAUUGGUGCAACUCAGGGUCUAGAGGGACGUAACUUGCCUAGGGCUGCUGCUACUCGUGCUGCUGUUGCUGCCCCUGUGAGGUGUACUUAUGCUAGGAACAGAAAGCGUCCAAGGAACACAGUGACUCAAGAUAUUGAUGAAGUUGAUGAUGAAGACCAAGAUCAGCAUGUAGAUUCAGCAAUAGCAAUGGAGGAGGAUGAAGAAUCUGUACCAACUGAAACUGGAGAUGGACCAACUGGAGAUGGAGAUGGAUGCUUCACUUUUAAUGUUGAUUUGCUUAAUUAG